AUGACGGCUGAGUAUGUUCGAGGAAGGAGUGAAUUGGCACGAAUGUACCGCAGGAAUAUAGUGCGAUACUGCGAGCUGGCACAAGUCUUGGUGUUCCGAGAUAUCAGUAUGAGAACAAGGCGACGGUUUCCUACACUAGACACGGUGGUGGCCGCAGGAUUUAUGAUGCCACAUGAAAAAGAGCGAUUUGACGAAAUUCAGUACCGCUACUCCAAGUACUGGCUUCCUUUUCAAUGGGCCCUGUCGCUCACUUAUGAUGCUCGGAAAAGGGGGCUGAUUGAAAGUGACUACUACCAAGUUGUUGUUCAGGAGGAAAUCAAAAAAUUCCGCACGGGUUUAGCUUGGAUUUGCAACUACGACUGGGUACCUAUCCCUAUCAUGUACCCGCAGCUUGUCUGCCUAGCUGUUCAUACGUACUUUAUUGUAUGCCUCUUGGCAAGGCAGUAUAUUGUUUCUGACCUCGCGGAUAAUAAGACAGAGGUGAGUGCUUGGGAACUGGUUUCAAAAAAAAGUAAUAAUGUUGAGACUGAACUUUUUACUUCCUUCUGA